CUCCCACGUCUGGCUCAGCUUCUGGCCUCUCACGCACCUCAGCUUCUUCGCUACGGCAAGUCACGUUCAAGAUCCUGGCACACGUCCGCUGGGCAGUCCACCCCCCUGGUCAGUCAGCAGCAGCGUUAGUAAAAAGAUGGUGGUGGUACAGCCAGCCGAGGCCCUCUUCAUUGCUCCCCUCGGACUUAGUACCAGUAAUAGAGAGGGACCUGACUGACAGUGUCACGUUUACGUUACCUUCCCCAAAGUAUACACGCCCGCUUCCCUCACGCGGUUUUUUUUGCACCGCGAACCACUUACUCACUCUCCGCCUCAUCUCUCUCUCCCAGUCUCAGGCUCAAGUUUUUUGCCCUCUCUCUGUUGACAAAUCAAGGGGCUCCGGGGUUUCCUCUUACACACACACACACACACACACAACCACACUUGUGGGAAUCAAGCUUAACCUCUGUGUCCCGUCAACGCAACCUCGCAGCAAGCCCAAACACCCAGGUUUCCUUCCAGGGCUUCCACUCCCUUUUCAGACGCUCCCAUGUUUGGGUCACGGCCAGGGCUGCUUCAUCUACAGGUCCGCCGAUAACAUCAAAGUACACACCUCUCCAGAGUGAGCGCCCGCCCUCGCCUUCAGUUGUCGCCUCUACUUUCCUCUGCCUCGUUCCGCUGGGCCGUUCCGCCCCCUUUUUCGUCUCAUCGCCGCCCCCUUGUUGGCCGCCCUCGUGCAACGUGCUGCGUGGCCCUCCUCCUACAGUCCUACUACAACAGUACCUUACCUCCCAAAGGCCGAGCCGACCCCACAGGAUUUGCCUACCCGGCCUCGUCAUCCUCACCGGCUUCCCUCGUGCCUUGCCAUGUUUGGGUGCUCGGAGGCUGCUCUCAUCCCGCUCCAUGACAAUCACGCCUGCCGCGAACGAAUUAUGCUUGCUAGAUCCAGCGUGGUUCCGGUUUGACCCCCGUGAAUGAGCUUCCUCGUCGUCACAUCAACUGGCGUGUUGCAUCUGGGUUCCCUGACCACACUCGUCCCAAGGCGACCAAUCCUCACACACGACACGGACCACCAACCUCCUACCCCCUACCUAGGCAAUUGCUUUACCUCGAACUGAGGGAACACAAGAUGGGCCACCCAAACAACACCGGCUACAAUGCCUCCUUGUUCGCUGCAAAGCCAACUUCACAUGUUUUCCAUUCUACGAUACCUCAUGCAGUGGGCCCGACGGGUGCUGAUGUCCGCUUAAACAAAAGAAAACGAGAAGGGGAUUCCGCAGGCUAUGACCGCAGGCCCCCCAGUCUCAUCCCUUCCACCUCUGCCUCACUGCCAGGGGCACAGGAUGUGUCGUACCUUUUUUCCGAUCGUGGCCCCAUUUUAGAGGAGUUUUACGCAUAUCAGCAUGCAUUACAAGGCGCGCUGCCAGAACCGGGGCAAUUCGGGCCAAUCCAUCAUUCGCUUGCAGACCCGACAAUACGGAACAACCUCUCAGAAGCGUGCCCGGCCUUGGCCCCAUAUUCCCCGGUAACUCAACCCCAUUAUUUCUCCCAGUCGGCUGCAGUUGCCCCUCCUCCAGAAAAUGUCUAUUCAACCUAUCAAUCGUCAAUCAGUGACUUCAAGGUCGACGACACCCCUGGUGGUGAUAGUUUCAGAGUGCCAAACACCCCGGGGAUGGGCCAAAAAACCGACAGCUAUGCCCAAGAAUCGGUCACUUUCUGUCAAACCUUGCAGUCACACACGACGCUCGAUAUAUCUUCCUUCUCGUCGCCCCAUCCUGACAGUGUUGCCAUGUCCUCUCCAUGCUUCUCUCCGCACGGUCACAAUUAUAUGACCUACGUUUUUCAACCACAGAGCCAGUUGAACGUCUACGGUGCGUCAAGCAACCCCGUCUUAUCCGAGCCAAACCCAAACAGUUCCCGAUUCCCAACCCCCAUGGACCAGACUAUGGGAUAUGGCCGUGUUCAAGUCAUGCGUGGGUCCGAGGUAAGUCGUUCUAUCAUGGCCCCGACAGAAACAUCCAUGUUUGUGCCUUCAACAUCGGCAGCUGGGUAUCCACAAGAUCACAUUGUAGAACAACAGCAACGAUGGGUGGAGGUCAUAAAGGACAGAGAGGAUAGAGUCGUGAAGACAGGACUGGCGGGCGACUCUGACUUUGAAGAGCGUGAACUUGUGCCUGUGUCAACACCGUUGCGCGGCUCCUAUGAGGACCUCUCCCAUACCUUGACUGGGUCCAACAUGGGUUUGGUCGGCGCCGGCAGCUCGACCAGGACAGAGAAUGCUUUGCGGAGAGGCUCGGUCGAGAAGAAGAAGCGUGGCCCGCUGGAAGAAGACAAGCGGAAAGCAACGUGUGACACUCGUAGCAUGGGCGCUUGUAUAAGAUGCCACAAUCAGCGAAUCCGGUGCCACCCCAACCCACAAGAGCCACACAACCGUGAUGCUCCGUGUAAAUCAUGCCUCCAAUUUUCCAAAGACUCGAAAAAGACCAUCCACAACAUCCCUUGUCUUCGCGACAAGAUCAUCGGGAUAAGGAUCUUCCGCGCCGGCGGAUUGAACUUGACGAAGCGCUUCACACAUACUCAAGUUGUCGAUGUCGAUGUGAGCGACCAGUUGGGCUCUACUCGCCGCGUCGAAAUGGUUCAGGGGUUGUGCAAUGAACCCAAGGUGGUUGUACGACUAUGCAAGGCGCCCAUCGUGUUGGAAGUCCGUCGUUUUAACCCGGCUCCUACCGAUAUCAACGAGCGAAGAUACGUUGCCAACGGCUAUCCCGCGGUUCAGCCUUUGCAGCCAUUUUGCCUGGUUAAUGUGGAAAAUGCUGCUGCCCAGUUCAACCAAUAUAUCAACGCCAACGCCCUUCUUGGACUCGAGGAGGCGGUUGAGAAAUCCGACGGCAUCGUGAAGCGGACCUUCGCCACCAUUGCCGAAAUGUGCCGCUCACUUACUAAGACGACAGAAGACAAGCACAGCAAAAAUAACAUAGAAGCCAGGCGUCAAAGGGACAAGAGAGAGCUGCUGACGAAUGCAGUCCGUCUCUGGUUUGCCAUCCGCCAUGGUAUAGGGUCCGCAUGGCUAGAUAGCAGCUCCGACACGCUUGAUAUGAAACCAGUCUACAAGGAUGACUACCCGCUCUAUGGGCGGGUCGACGUGCCCCGCAUGAUUGUUGCCCAGUUUGAUAGCAUUCGGCACGAGCGUAUUUAUAAAAUCCUCGCUCCCCGAGUGCUGAAGCUUUACGAGAAGCUUAUCACAUCGAGUGAUAUGCAGAAUUGGUUCACCAUUUAUCUGGUGACAUUCUUGUUUCUCCAUCAAGUCAGCUGUAUCUCAUUCGAUCGGUAUCGUCGGGUCAGAGAUAACUCGGGAGGCAGGCAACAGGAAACCCGUUAUGGACCGAUCGGGCCGAGUCCCAAUUCUCCCUCUGACUUUGUCGAGAGUGCUUUUGUCGAGGAGGUACAACACGGUGGCGUGGUUCUUCUGGCCUACUGGCAGUACUUCAAACGCGCCGACCUCAUGCGUCUGGACUGGGAUGACAUUGCCGAUACCAAGUUGAACACUCUGGAACCAGAGCAAGCCGAGCUUUUGCGAUGGACUGUUGAGCAGUUGAAGAGCGUUGAUCCGAAUACGGGAAAGAGCAAGUUGGAUAGCAUUCCCAAGACGCCAGCCCAAGGCUGUUGGGAGCACGAAUUGUACUGGGUAUCGCGGAUGUUCGACUCGACUGCAACAAGAGAGUCACCGUGGUCACCGCCCGAAACCUUUACCCGCGCAAAACCGAGCGUUGGGCGAGAAUAUACACCGCCUAGGCCAUCUCAGUCGCCUUGAUUGUCAGGCGUAUUGCUGAUUGUCCAUGAUAUCGGCAUUCAUGUUGAAAUCAUGUUUGUUUGGAUGUUCCUUUGAGUAACUUUCCGUUGGCUUUCUUCCCUUCAGCAUUGGCAUUAAGCAUUGGGGACGGACUGACUGUCCAUCCGGAGUGGCACUUUUGCUUCUUGAAUUUUCCCCCUUAUUUUGCGCUUCAAAAGUAGGUACGCUCGUACCAAGACGACUACGGCAACGCAUACUUCUUUGUCCCAAGCACCGGCAAAAGAGUUAGAUUUCAUUAUUCCGCCUUUUUCUUUCCCCUACAGGACUGCGGUCUAUUCUUUUCCUAGGCGUCGGCAUUGUGGGCGCGAACGAACAAACAAGCAGACAAAGACAAGGAUCAAAGGCAGGGAAAAAGAGAAGAAAAUAAGAAUAAACCGGGGUUGCUGUUGCUCGCGCAGUGGGCUGUUGGGAUUUUCCAGUGACCCUUGAUCUUGCCUGAAUUUGAAUGUCAAGCACAAAACCAUGACUCUUUACGAUGGAGUGUCGUGGUCGCUGCUUGGACGUGCUGUGCUGCCCCACCCAGGAACUUGUCAACUUUUCAUCACGAACUAGUUCGUCUGUUCUAUGUAAACAAAGCCCCUGAAAGGUGCAGUUCA